GCUACCCCGUCUCCAGGCCUCGGGAAGGGUCGUCCCACAGCCCACCCCACAGCGGGCCCCAGCAGGCGCUCCCGGCGCGAUGUGGCCAGGCGAGGGGCCGGAGCCGGCUGAGGGGCCAGGCGAGGAGGGCAACACACCCGAGCCACGCUGGAAGCUGCGGACUCACCGGGUCGCGCUGAGCUGCGGCUGCGAGUACUUCCGGGCCAUGUUCUGCAGCGGGAUGCGGGAGGCCCGCCAGGGGGCCGACCCCCUGCCCACGCUCAUGGCCCCGACCGAUCUGCGCCUGCUGCUGCCCUUCGCCUACUCGGGGACAGUGGCAGGUAGCUGGGCUGAGCUGCUGGGCGCGGCUGAGACCGCCCUGCAGUACCAGGCCUCAGGGCUGCUGGCGCUCUGCCUGGAGGCCCUGCAACGGGCGCUGAGCCCGGCCCGCAGCCUGGACCUGCUGGCCUUCGCCCGUGCCUAUGACCUGCGCUCAUUGGGCACUGCCGCCCAGGCCUAUGCCCUGGCCAACUUCGACGGGGUGGCCCGGUGCCCUGGCUUCCCGGCCCUGCCGCUGGCCGAGCUGCUGGCCCUGCUGGGCUCAGACGAGCUCUAUGUGGCCAGUGAGGUGGAGGCCUUCGAAGCUGCCCUGCGCUGGCUGGACGCCGACCGCACCCGCCGCCUGCCCCAUGCCGAGGCCAUCCUGGCCCGAGUCCGCUUCUCCUUGAUGGGCACACGGGAGCUGCGCCGGGUGCGAGCCGCGGACCUGCUGGCACCGCCGGGCCGGCUCUACCAGCUGCUGGUGGCGGCGGUGGCGGACGAGGGGCCCUGCCGCGUGCGCACCCCGGCCGGGGCCCUGGUGAUCUGUGGGGGCGAGGGGCUGGCGCCCAGCCUAGCUACCCGCCGCCCCACCCGGGAGCUGUGGUUUGCCCACCGGUUCCGCAGCGGUGUGGGGCUGGUCAAGCAGGUGGAGUGGAGGCGGCUAGGCCAGUUCCCGGACGGGCCACGGUUCCGCCACGCUGCCGCGGUGCUGGGCAACAUGCUCUACGUGCUGGGCGGGAAGCACUACUACGGGGUGCGGGACACGCUGGCCACGGCCUUCCGGUACGACCCCACACAGGACUCCUGGCAGCGCCUGGCCGACAUGCCCAGCGCCCGCAGCUCCUUCCCGGCCGUGGGGGUGGCCGGGCGGAUUUACGCCCUGGGGGGUAGCUCUGAGGACGCCUACUGCACGGAUGGGGUGCAGUGCUACGACCCUCCUGCCGACGCCUGGAGGCCGUGCUCCCCCCUGCCUGCCCCGCUCUGCGGCCAUGCUGCCUGCACCUUGGACGGCGCCAUCUACGUUUCAGGGGGCUGCGACGGCUCAAGCGAGUGCCGGACCUGGCUGCUGCGGCUGUGCCCAGGGGGCCCCUCGGCCCAGCUGGCCCCCAUGCUGGAGGAACGGGCUGGCCACAUCAUGGAGGCACUGGGGGAGCGACUCUACGUGGCCGGGGGCCUGCGCUGGCACAACGGGGGCUACACCGACCAGCUUGCCUGCGAGGUCUACAGCCCCGGCCCGGAUGCCUGGGUCCGUCUGAGCCCGCUGCCCCAGGCCCACGUGGGGGGUGCCUCGGCCAUCCUGCAGGGGGAGCUAUAUGUGCUGGGCGGUUACAGCCAGGAGACCUACCAGGACACCCACCUGGUGCACGCCUACCAGCCGGCGCAGGGGCGCUGGCUGAUGCUGGGCACCCUGCCCCAGGCCUGUGCUGACCUGCGGGCCUGCGUCCUACUGCUGCCGCCCGCCCUGCGGGGGGACCCGGCUUGCCUGAUGCCCCACCAUGGGACCAGGCAGCCCCUGGCACCUCCACACAGGAUGGGGACCCUGCCCCCCACCGAAUGGGGGACCCCUCUGAGUCCCACAUGGGACAAGAACCCCCCCUCUGAUAUCCCCCUUUGACCCCCCCACAGAACAGGGGACCCCUCUGAGCCCCCCAUGGGAUGAGACCCUCCCCUGAUCCCUCCACAGGACCUGGCAGCCCCAGGCACCUCCGCACAGGAGGGAGAACCUGUCUCCCACAGAACAGGGGCGCCCCCAUGGGACAGGUGAGCCCCCAACACCCCUCAGCGGUAUAGGGGAGCCCGGUUUCUCCACAUGGGGUGGGGGAGCCCCUCUGACAAGGACCUGACACCUCUCCUUGGGACCCCCCAUGAGACAGGGCCUCCCUCGGACACUCCCCGCGGUCCCCUGAGGAGGAGGAGGGGAGGG